AAAAAAAAAAAAAAUGGCCAUCGUUGCCUUCGCCGAACUAUCGAUGUCUUUUAAAUAAAACUUCAAUUUCCGUAAACGGAGCCGCGGAGCAAACAAUGCGAGUGGAAACCGGGGCGGAGGGGCAUCCUUAACCUCCGGUGGUGGCGGGUUGGUGGGUUUGUGUGGCUCUCAGAUGGGCUCCUCGGUGGAAGCGGGCGAAAGGCGGAAGACUACGUAUCAACAGAGCGGCCAGGAGAUGCUACAGUCCCCGACCAGACCCCCGACUAACCCCCCCACCUGGCCGCCGUCUGCCCCGCCGUGCAGCUGAAGGACCGGCCAGCAGGAUUUUAGGAUAACAGAUGAAGGAUUUGAACAACAAACAGCAACCUUUCUUAUGGAACCACAACAUCACAGCUUGAACUAACUGCAAUACUUUACUACGCUCUGUGGAAGUCAGCAUGGCGAGCAGGAGGAAGUCCACCAUCCCCUGCAUGGUUCCUCCUUGCGAAGCCGUAGACUCAGACGAGGAGAUGGAGGACGUCAUGGAUACGGCCGAACCCGAGGACAGAAACGGAGUGGCGAUGGCUUCCUCUGAGGCCUCUGCUCUGGCCGAGGAGCCGGGCGAGGACGCCGACGUCAGGCAGGACGUGUCUGACCACUAUUCGGACUCCAACAUGACGGAGGGAGGUUACGAGUGCAAAUACUGCAACUUCCAGACGUCAGAGCUAAAUCUGUUCACCAUGCACGUCGACACCGAACAUCCUGACGUCGUCACCAACACGUCCUACGUCUGCAUGGAGUGCGACUACCACACCAAAAGCUAUGACACACUUCUGGCCCACAACGCUCGGCUGCACCCAGGCGAGGACAACUUCACCCGGCUGAUGGUGAAACGAAACAACGAGACCAUCUUUCAGCAGACAGUCAACGACCUCACGUUCGACGGCAGCUUCGUCAAAGUGGAGGACGGCGAGGUGGAGGAGUCGUCCCGCAAAGCCAUCGCGCUCAGCAAGACCCCCAUCAUGAGGAUCAGGAGCAGACCCGACCCUAAGAAGUUCUCCGCCGCACAUAGAAUAGCCGUAGACGACGUCAUCAAAGUGGAAAGUGACGAUGACGAGGACGACGACUGUGGCGGUGAGGAUGAGGACGAUUACGACAACGAUUACGACGACGAAAACAAAGAGCCGCCGACUCUGUCGCCCGUCCCGCUGAGCGCUCCUGCGGCCGCCCCGCGCCUCAUCCCCGUCUCGGCGCCGCUGCACAUCCAGGGCCUCCCGCAGGGCAUCGUGGUGAACAGCCCCGGCAUGCUGCAGGUCAAGGGCGGCUCCGCCGGGGGGGGCGCGGUGCUGCCGCCGGGGACGCUGGCCCAGGUCCUGUCCGCCCUGCAGAGCCAGCAGAGCAACACGCAGACGCAGCUGCUCAUCCCCAUCAGCAGCAUCCCCACCUACAACACGGCCAUGGACAACAACGUCCUGCUGGUCAGCGCCUACAACAGGUUUCCGUAUCCGUCUGUGUCUGAGAUCAUGGGUUUGUCGUCCCAGACGAAGUUCAGCGAGGAGCAGAUCAAAGUGUGGUUUUCUGCUCAGAGGCUGAAACACGGCGUCAGCUGGACACCAGAGGAGGUGGAGGAGGCCCGGAGGAAGAAGUUCAACGGCACCGUGCAGACGGUCCCCCAGACCAUCACCGUCAUCCCCGCCAACCUGGCGGCCGCCACCAACGGCCUGCAGUCCAUCUUCCAGACGUGUCAGAUCGUGGGGCAGCCGGGCCUCGUCCUCACCCAGGUGACGGGUAACGGCGGCACCGUCCCGGUGGCGUCUCCCAUCACCCUGACGGUGGCCGGCGUCCCCGGCAACCAGCCCAAAGCCGCCGAGCCCUCGGCGACGGAGUCCAACACCGAGAUGUCGGGCUCCUCGGCCGGCGCGUCGCUCGGCCUGGACGGCGGAGCGUCCAAACCCAAGAAGUCCAAAGAGCAGCUGGCCGAGCUGAAGGCGAGCUACGGCCGCCGGCAGUUCGCCACGGAGGCGGAGAUCUCGCGGCUCAUGCAGGUCACCAAGUUAUCCAAACGGGCCAUUAAGAAGUGGUUCAGCGACACGCGCUACAACCAGAGGAACUCCAAGGAUCAUCACAACCUCCUAAUGAGUGAAACCUUAUCCGGCAGAGCGGCGGGAUCGGGCCGAGGGCGGGGCGGCGCCGCCAACCACGGCGAAGGCGUCGGCCCCGACGUCAACACCACCAUCAUCAUCGACUCCAGCGACGACGCCAGCGACUCGUCCCCGACCUCCGCCAACACCCCCGGCUCGUCCGGCUCCGCCGGCAACCGGCGCGUCAAAUUCCGCCACGCCUUCCCCGACUUCACGCCGCAGAAGUUCAAGGAGAAGACGCCGGAGCAGCUGCUGAACCUGGAGGCCAGUUUCCAGACGUCGGACCAGCCGUCGGACGAGGAGCUGAGCCGGCUGAGAGCGCAGACCAAGCUGACGCGGCGCGAGGUGGACGCCUGGUUCACGGAGAGGAGGAAAGUGCCGUCGGCGGCGCAGGCCAAGGAGAGCGACACGGAGGGCGGCUCGGAGAAGGGGACGCCCCCGUCCUCGUCCCAGGAGCGGCAGGGCAGGAGGGUUCUGAAGAAGACGCCGGAGCAGCUGCACAUCUUGAAGAAGGCGUUCGUCCGCUCGCAGUGGCCGACGUCGGAGGAGUACGACCAGAUGGCCGAGGACACCGGCCUGCCCAGGAGCUACAUCGUCAACUGGUUCGGAGACACGCGCUACGCCUGCAAAAACAGCAACCUGAAGUGGUUCUACCUCUACCAGAGCGGGAAGGUGGACGAGGCUCUGAACGGCGGGCCCAAGACCCAGAAGAAAUCCAGGAAGCGUUUCCGUGGUUGGUCGAGGAGGACGCGCCGACCGUACCCCUCCAAACGCUCCCCGCAGGAGGGCGUCAGCCUCAUCAAGGUGAAGUCUGGUAAGACGUUUCUAAAAGACUACUACCUCAAGCACAAAGCUCUGAGCGAGAGAGACCUGGACGACCUGGUGUCCAAGUCCAGCAUGAGCUACGAGCAGGUGAGAGACUGGUUCUCUGAGACGGCCCGGAGGGCGCAGGAGGGCAAGGAGCCCUUCAGCGACGAGGAGGCCGAGGCCGAGCCGGAGGUGGAGGCCGAGGUGGAGGAGGCCGGGGAGGAAGAGGAGGAGGAAGAGGAGGUGGAGGAGGAGGAGUCGGUGCCACAGACGGAGUGUGCAGACAGCGAAGGAGAGAUGGAGGUGAGAGAACAAGGACAGGAGGCAUCGGAUGACGACUUCGUCAAGGCUGAAGAGGAGGAGGAGGAGGAGGAGGAAGAGGAGGAGCAGGAGGAAGGGGAGGGGUUCCCUGGAGAGGAGGAGGGUGAUGCAACCCAGGAGGAAUCUGAAGGCAUCAGCCAAUCACAGCCUCAGGCAGAAGAGCAGACAUGAGUGGACAUUUAACGCAGAUUCCCCCGCGGCGGCAGAGACGGCGCGGAGCAGGACCCGUAUCAGUGUUUCUCAGCUGCCGGAUCGGAACCCAAAGACGGCCGCAGGGAGCUCAGACAGUAAUCAUGCGACGUUAAACGAUGAGUUUGUGCCUUUAAAUUUCCCUUUGGGUGGUGAUGCAGCUGAGAAUCACCGAGGUGAAGGACGGCGUUUUCAAGGACAGCGUGUCUGGAUUUGGUUUGUUCUGGCAGAGGAAACUGUGGGGACCAACCGAACGCAGGACGCAGCCUCUCCCCGGACUCCGCUCCUGUCCACACGACUGGGUGAGGAUGGCUGGGCUAUUACUUUGGCCUUUUUAUGUAAUUUUUCUUACAGAAACAAAUGUAUAAAAUCAAAACAAUUUAAAACUUUUUAAGAACAGUAAGAUCAUGCAUGGGUGUCCUCCCUUUUAUCCUGAAUCAUUGAAGAACCUUGAUUCUUUAACGAAUGUCCUAAACUCAAAUAAUGAAAACAUUUUGUUAUUCUGGAAGAAAAGGUUUUUAAAACCUAUUUUUUUCUUUUUUUUUUUUUUGUGAAAAGAAAAUGACAAAAUUUAGUGCCAUUUUGUUUAUAUGUGUUUUAAAUACGUAAAAAAAAAAGUGCUGGAAUGAAUUCCACUGUCAAAGUUUGAAGGGUUUUUUGUAUUUUUUCCAGGUUCUUUGAUACAGUCCUAAUGACCUUUAUUGCAAUGGAAACCAAAUCCAUUCUACUGUUAUGGCGCUGUCAACAAAGCUUUUCAAGAUAGUGAUAAUUUCCAUGAUUGCAGGUGUUUAUGUCCAUUCAGUUUCAAUUCUAUCAUUUCUGUCUGUGAGGUGAAACUUUGAGGGGUGGGAUUAAAGCGACAGAUGUGGCGUGAACCCAGCAGAACCAAUUCAAUGAAGGGAAAAAGACCAUAAAGCAAACAAGUAGUGAUGUACUUUUAUUAUCCUAAAAGAAGACAGACACCAUGAAUUCACAAAAUAAAAAGAUCAAAAUAUUUCUUCACUUCAACCGAACUUGAAAAUAAACUCUUAAUUCAGUGAGCUAUACAGAGAAGCUUGUGCUUCUAGAUGACCUCGCCCAUACAUUUAUCAUUUAUCUGCUGUCGUCUGUGCUGACUUUCUUAUAUUGUACAUUUGAUUCUACAUUUUUGUGCUGCUGUUUUGGACUUUUAAGCCAUUUUACAGGGAGGCGUCUUUGUAGUGCAUCUUGCGACUGGUGGGGGUCUCGACUACACCACUCCGAAUCAGCACACUCUCAUAGCCGCUUCAUCAAUAGUCUCACACUUUCCAGCUCAUUUUUAAAGACGUUUUCCUCGUAAUAAGCUCAUAUGUAUAUAUACAAUUACACGGGUAAUUAAAAAUACACUUGUUAGCAAGGGAAAUGCAACGUUAUUUAAUAUUCAGUUAUUCAUUUGCUAUAAUCCUGAUCAGGGUCUUGGGAGAUUAUAGGUGUGUUUCCACCAGCAGGAGUUCAGGGUAAAUCUGUCUAACAGGAACCUCUAACGGGGCCGACCGUGUCCUCGGCCCCUUCAGCCGCCGUGUCUCCACUACACUGUAGCGGCACACAAGGGUCCGUGUACUUCGCGGACAUCCGUUUUUUGUUUUGAAAUAACAAAAUAAAAAUAGAGAAAUAAUCCAAAAUAAUCAGUUUCCCAUCUUUUGUUUUGAUAAUAAAAAACGGAAAACGCAUCGUUAUCCGUUAUCCGAUUUCAUUUAUGUGUUCGAAAUUGGGAAUUAAAACAGCGAGUGGAAAACUCUUUUCUCUAUUUCCUGUUCGUUUCCAAAAGGGCGGGGGUAGUAUGUUGGAGUUCAGUUUAUGUUAUUGAUUGGACGAUGCUUUUUUUUUACGCUGCAGCUGAACGGACUGUCACAACAUCACUGCAGUGAAGACAGAUUACAGAUUAAACUCAUGUUUCACUCCCAGGUUUCAUAUUUGAUUUAUUUUCUGUUUCAACAUUAAAAAAAAUCUAAAACUGUUAAUUUUCAAUCUGAUCAACAAAAGAACCAGAAACAACUUUCUUCAUUUAUUACUGCGCAUGUGCAAUCCCCCCAUUCGUCCAAUCCUUGGAAACGAAUAGGAAAUAGAGAAAAGAGUUUUCCACUCGCUGUUUUAGUUCCCAAUUUUGAUUUUCAAACACAUCAAUGAAAUCGGAUAACGGAUAACGAUCCGUUUUCCGUUUUCCGUUUUUUAUUAUCAAAACAAAAGAUGGGAAACGGAUUAUUUUGGAUUAUUUCUCUAUUUUUAUUUUAUCAUUUAUAAACAAAAAACGGAUGGCCGCGAAGUACACGGACCCACAAGAAUCUUUGACUGAAAAAAAAAUAGCACAACCAACCACCAGGUGGCGGUAAUGUGCGUUUUUAGCUGUUUGCAAAUUGCCAGCAGCAUAAAAUGGGACAAAAUAGAAGAAUAAAGAGAAGAAACACAUAAACAUCAGAGGCUACUUGUCUGUUUUUUUUUUUUUUUUUAACAUACAUCGCAGUCGUGGUGAUUGAGAUUAAAAGAAACCCCCCGCCGGACCUCUAUGGGCAUGGGUGCAGAUUCCUGGGGGUACCAAUAAAAAUACCCUAAAUUAUUCAAAAUUUAACAAAAGUAUUUUCAGACUUAAAGGUUGAAUAUAUAAAAUAUUUAUUAAAAAUAUAUUUCUAAAAAAAUAAUACAUCCACGUUCCGUUUUGAGGUGUACAGAUUGAAAGUAUUGCUACUCCAUACAUUUUUUUUUUUAGUCUGAAUUAAUAUUUUUAAAAUUUUUGACGGGCUCGAGUCGAGCUGUUUAGGACAAAUAAACAAGAAAGGUAAGCACAAUAAAUUAUUCCCUGUACAGUAUUUUUUGGGGAGCCUUUACCAAUUUAUGGCAUGGUAUGAUUUGCAUAUUGGCAAAAAAUUAAAAAUUAAAAUCACGUUGGUGUCCUCCCCAAUCCUGACAUCGGAUCUGCACCCCUGUCUAUAGGCCUACUGGUCUAAGGUGGCACCACGACCUGAACCAACUCGUCGGUCCAGCCAUCGUUUUUCAUGUAAUCUCCAACUUCAUCAACUCUACUCGUAGCAAAAUGUCUCUGCCAGUAGCCACUUGAUUUAUCUUCACGUGAGAGUGCUGAACGUGAUUUAGAAAUCCUGAUCAGCAGAGCCCCCCCCCCGCCAGGGGGUUCCUGUUGGCCAACCCCAGCACUUCUCCUGCUACAGGGAUGUUUUUCACCCCCUAAAUUCAAUUAAAUUUCAUUUAUAUAGUGUCUAUUACAACAGAAGUUGUCUCUAGGAUCUUUCCAGAGACCUAGAAACUGAACUUCGAGCAUUUAUUACAUAAACAUAACAAACACUGUCAGGUAAAAUCUCCCCUAGUGGGAGAAAAACUCCCACUAGGAAAAGCCAAAAGUAAAGGUUCCUGAGGCUCAACUUUCACCAUUCCUGGUGAUGGAGACACGCACAAACGUCCCGGCCCCGGAAACUCUACCUGGAUCUCCCGCUGGUGGAAACUGGUCUCAUCAGGGUCACCCAAGACAGCAGCCGGGUUCACCCCAGACCCGUCACUCGUCCCUUCAGGACCAAGGUUUCACUUUCUCUACUUACACUGCAGGUCUACCAAGGUUGGGUAGGAGAUCUUUCUCUGAAGCACUUUUCUUAUAUUUCCUAAAGUUCUCCGCACACACUGAUGGCAAACGGCUCAUUAAAUCCCCUCAGAUCAAAACAUUCAUCAGCCGGUGAAGAGAGGACUCUACAACGCUCUCCAAUCAUGUGGGAACAGAUGUUCACAUUACAUGCACAUGGGUUAACUUAAAGUGCAAAUAAGUAGAAUAAUAAAGGCAUUUGUAUUCAGGGAUGUUGGCACAUUGGAGGUCAAAUGUAUCUUGUAGCCUCCUUUACGUUGGCGAAUACCCGGUGUUUAACGCCCAGAUCUAGCGCGUCGUGCACCGCUUUUACAUCGACCGACGUGAAAGCGGGGCUGGCAUGUGUAGCCCCCCCGCGAAAAACUCCUCCGAGUCGUCUUAACCGCAGGUCAGGACUAGUAAACCGGACUAACGCAGGGUGGCGGGCCGUGUUAAUCUGGCUACAACCCUCCAGGGAAGUUUUUAUUUACUUAUUAUUUUAUAAAAUAAGGAAACAGCUGAUGGGAGUAACAGCAGCAGCAGGACGUCACUGGUAGGAUCUGUAUUUGCAAGUAGGGCUGGGCGAUAUGGACCAAAAGUCAUAUCUCGAUAUUUUCUAGCUGAAUGGCGAUACUCGAUAUAUAUCUCGAUAUUUUUUCUGUGCCUUAAUUGGGGUUUCCCCCAAAGCAUUAUAGCAUAGCAUCUCUGUUAGCUUCAUUUUUUUCUGAGGCAAACCCUUAAAAAAACAAUCAGUUUUAAUACAAAGCCUCGUGCUAAAUGUCACACAGGUUCCUUUAUUAACAGAGGUCUGCACAAUAUCAAAAUGUAUAAAACAAAUGAAAUAAAAAUAAACUGCCUGCAUAUAUAGAAUAAAAAUGCUUCUUGAAUAAAAUAAAACAAAUAUCCCUUUCCUGCAUAACGGUUAAAUUAAAAUACACUGUGCAAUGAAUACAAUGUAGACAGUAACAGGCAGACUUUUCCACUGAGGUUGACAGUUGUGCAAAUAACAAAACAUUUGUGCAAAUCUCAAAUAAAACAUUCAAGUCAAUUUGUCACAAAAUAAGCUAUAUCAAAAUCAUUAAAAAAAAAAUGUAAAACAUUUUUUUUUUUUUUUUUAAAUCGAUAUAAACGAUAUUGUCUCGUACCAUAUCGUGUUUGAAAAUAUAUCGAUAUAUAUUAAAAUCUCGAUAUAUCGCCCAGCCCUAUUUGCAAGAUGAGUAACUGUGGAGACGAGGAGAUGCAAGAGCUACUCGGCCUCAGAGACGAGACGACAUAAACCGGCGCGUGUCCAGAACCACAAAAGACGAUGGUCCAUGUGUGAACAAGUGGACACAAAUAUGACAAACCGGAAGAAGCCAAAAAGAAAGGCAGCAAAACCCGGCCAAAAACCCUCAUCCUUGUGUUCAUCCAUCCUCGUUUUGAGGACUACACCUGUCUGAGGGCGUAUAAAUCCUGCUGUAUAAAUGCUGCUCAUGUAGGACUAUACGCCAUUCUACAUGCGUUUUGAGGAUAACUCCUCCCGACUCGUUCUUCAUCCAGCAAUAUUAGCUGUAUCCGGUCUAAAAACACCUGUUGGUUGGGGCUGAUUGUCUGCACCUCUUCUAGCUUCCAUUAAAUAGAGUCAGACCGUCGGGAGAGAAGAGCGUCGGCGAUUGAAAACUACCACAAAUCUAAAUCCAAGCAGUGAAAUCGGAGAGAUUCUUCACAACCAACAGCGACUGGUUAUCAAUUAAGUUAGGGAAUGUUUCCCUUAUUUCUUAAAAGCAAACUCCGUGUUUGCUGCUGCCAUUUUUCCCUCUUUACCUUUGGCUUAACGGACCCGCACGUUUUUUAGGAAAUAGCUUUAAAACAUCCUAAGGUUUCUUUUUUCCAGACAAAGUUCCGACUUCUUACCUUCGGAACUUUGUCUGGAAAAAAUAAACCUUAGGAUAUCUAUCUGAAGACAUAAUGAACCCAAUACAGCUUUAAAAACAUUUGCUAGCGUUACAACAGUCGUGCCACGUCUGGGAAUCGCAUCUAUACAUAAUGAGCAACUUCCUGAUGAGAUUUUCCAGCCUCAAAUAACGUCCUAAUGCGAACAUAAUGCUAACGUUAGACAGCUCAGCCCAACAGCUGACGUGCCAUCACCGCCAUCACGUGCCACCUGCCAACUCAACACAGCAAAGCAGUGUAACUUCCUAUGCUAAAGUUCCUGAUAUCCUUAUUAAUUAGUAAUUAUUUCCAUUGUUGGUAUCAAAAUUGGAACAACUGGAAUUGUGCUAAUUCCAAAUCAAGUCUUGUUUCCUCUAGCAUCUCCUACCCAACCUUCACGUGUGACAAAUGCAACUCACUGCAUCACAGAACCUUUAAUCCGCUCAGAGGUUAGAACAACAGUCUGGGGGCCGACACUUUUUCAAUCUUUCACAACAUUGAAGUAAAAAUUCAAAGGAACGACCUGGUCAGUGCGGGACUCUCUUCCACCAAAGUCCCACAGCCGUGCAGAGUAAUCAGGAAGGAAGGUUUCUCAGCGUAAUCCCCUCUGGUCCUGCAGAAACCAACACCCCAACAACUGCAGAAAACUGUAAGUUAAACACAAUUCAGAAGAUUAGAAAACCAGGAAAAGUUGAGUCUGAUAAAUUAGCCGAAAGUGUUGGGAAUCUAUCGGGAGGAAGAGGAAAGAAAAGAAAGUGGAGACAAACUCUAAAAUGCCAAAAUAACAAAAUCGGUUGUUAAAAUUUUUAUGUAACUUUAAAAGAAAAAGAAAAAGUGCAAUGAAAGUAAAUUAUUCCAUCAAUUUCACAAAGUUUGUUUACAGUUCCAGAGAAAAAUAAUCACCAACCUAAAGACAUGUCUGCUCUACUUCAGGAAACAAGCAACUUUACCUCAGUCAGUUAAGCUACAAACUCAGAAAUAUUGUGACAUUUACAAACGUUUUUACUAGAGUCAAUAGUGUAUGCAUGAUAAUACAAGUACACAUAGAUGGAGAUUGUUUUCGUUUGUUUUUUUUGUUUUUCGGGGGGGGAGGGGGUCCCCUCCUUGCUACUAAAGUAAGUGAGAUACUUAAAGAUAAGAUAAACAUAGAAAACACACUUAUUAUUGCAUUUAUUUGCUAAAAUACGGGUGAACUAGUUCAUAUCUUUCAGGUUGUCCACGAGAAUAACAGCCAAUAUUUUAGGGAAAAGAAACCACAAGCUUUUGGCUCUGCUUUUAACUUUCAUAUGUCAGGAGAAAAUAAAGAAAUAAGCUUCUGCUUUUCUGUUUUGGGCUCUCUUCCUGUGUUCUGUGAAGCGUAUGCGACGGUCAGCGUGUGCACACUCGCCAGGCGGCGCCGGCCCGGCCCGGCCGACUGAAAUCAGUCUUUUGGGUUUGGUUUGUAAUGAUUUUGUCUGUGACUCGGGAUCCUCAUACGAGCUCUGUAAUUCUGCAAAGUCAAGCCUUUCUGCCAUUCUUUAAAUUGCUUUAUUAGCCAACGGUUUUAGUAGUUAAUUUAUUUAUUAUACCUGGACUUUCAUGAUAUCCUUUUUUUUUUUUUUUUGCCAUCUGCAAACAAAAAUAAAAAUUG